GCAGUGCACGACGGUAUUGUAAAUAUUACGAAAUUUUCUUGUAUGCAAUUGUAUGUAUAUCAAUCAGAAUCAUCUAGUUGUUUUGACGUACGUGGAAGGUUAACUUCGUCCAGCGUAAAGAUUUAGUAAGGAAAAACAAUUGUUUGUUAUUAACAAGUAUUUAGAUAGAUUGAAGAAAAAGAAGAGAGAGAGAGGGACGAGGAAUUACGGAAUAUUAAUAAAAUUUGAUUUAAUCAGUGUUGAAUAGUUUCGAAGUUAUUUUAUAAUCGUCCGUUUAAAAACAGAAUUUCAAAUGCAAUGAAAAUAAACGAGAAAAACAUGGUAGCUUUUGCAACUUCGGCAACACCAGUAGACCGUGAAGGUUGGUUAAAUAAACGCGGUGAAUUAAAUCGUGGGUACCAAAGAAGAUGGUUCGUUCUCAAGGGAAAUAUGUUGUUUUAUUUCGAUCGUCGCGGUGAUAAAGAACCAGUAGGUAUGAUAGUUCUUGAAGGUUGUACCAUCGAAUUGGCGGAGGACGAGGAACAAUUUGGUUUUCAAAUUGUGUUUCACGGACCAAAUAAUAGAAAUUAUGCCCUCGCAGCAGAAUCUCAGGAAUCCAUGGAACAAUGGAUGAAAGCUUUGGCAUGUGCAAGCUACGAUUACAUGAAGUUAAUGGUAGCAGAAUUACAAAGACAGUUGGACGCAGAAGAAGAAGAAGAGGAAGAAGACGAAACAACAAUGGUGAUGGCUCCCUCCCAAUCUCCAAAAGCUCCUCCAAGGCAACGACAUAAUCCUUUUAAUAGAUCAGAGUUACAUCAUCGUUCGCAGAGUGUCAGAUCUGCUCCUGGAAGGACGGAAAAUGUGCCAAGAACAAGAAUAACAUUCCGUGAAAUGCAUAAUAUGUUCGGCAGGAGAAUUUUGGCGGAUUUAAACGAAUGGAGGCAUACAAGGAAAACUGCAGAUACUCCCUUAAUUAGUUUUUAA